AUGUUAUUUUACUCGUUCUUUAAAUCAUUGGUCGGCAAGGAUGUAGUUGUGGAAUUAAAAAAUGAUCUCAGUAUUUGUGGGACUCUGCAUUCUGUGGACCAAUAUCUUAAUAUAAAAUUGUCGGAUAUAAGCGUCAUUGAUCCUGACAAAUAUCCUCAUAUGCUGUCGGUGAAGAACUGUUUUAUUCGAGGCUCCGUAGUACGUUACGUCCAGUUACCUGCUGAUGAAGUGGAUACCCAGCUCCUUCAAGACGCGGCAAGGAAAGAGGCGACAGUUUCUACAAGA